GCCCCAAACCCUACCACCGCCGACCGAUCCCAAUGGCCACCCACCACCGGCCCCUCCACGCGCUCCUCGGCGGCGGCGCAGUCGCCGACGUGCUCCUGUGGCGGCGGCGGAACGUCUCCGCGGCGGCCGUCGCGGGCGCCACGGUCGUCUGGUUCCUCUUCGAGCGCGCCGGGUACAGCCUCCCCUCGGUCCUCUCCAACGCCGUCCUCCUCCUCGUCGUCAUCCUCUUCUUCUGGGCCAAGUCCGCCUCCCUGCUCAACAGGCCUCUCCCACCAAUUCCUAAUCUAGAGGUAUCGGAUGUGGUUGUUCAGAAAGCUGCAGAUCGGGCUCUUGUAUGGAUAAACAGGUUGUUGGCUGUUGGCCAUGAUAUUGCCAUCAAGAGAGAUAGGACAGUUUUUAUACAGGUUAUACUAGCUCUAUGGGUGGUUUCAUGUAUUGGAAUGCUCUUCAACUUCUUUACGCUCAUUUACAUUGGAGCAAUACUUUCUCUGUUGGUUCCCCCGUUCUAUGAGAGGUACCAGGAUCUUGUUGAUGAAAAGGUUGGUUUAGCACACAAGGUUCUGUCAAGGCACUUCGAUACCAUCAUUAGCAAGACCGGACAACCAGACAAACAAAAGAAGGCUGAGUAAGAAAUAUGCAAGGUCCAUUUUGGAAGAUCUUCAGUUGUCUAGUGCAGUUGGCCUCAUCCUCAGAGUCACCAUACGUGGGAACCAUCACUGAAAGUACUUAUGGAUAUCCAGGACGUAAUGCUUGACUGCUGAUACGUGUGUUUAGAUGAUGCUCUCAAUCUGAGAAAUGUAAUGAUUUGUAUAUUUUUUUCCAUAUGAACAUGUAACAUGUUGAGGUUUACCGUCGGCGCACCUUUUCUCUCAACAUCACUCUCUAAACCUCUAUGCGAGGUACUGUUGCUAACAUAUGCAAAUGUGGUCUCAGCGUGCGUCUUUGAUUCUAAUUGUUUGUAACGUAGAUUGUACCCAAUGAAUUGGGGGAUGUUGACCUUGGCAGCUCAUUGGGUAUCAAACUGCUAUUCGGUAUGUUCGUCAUGUUAA